AUGAGUAGCUCCAACUGCCGUUUCUAUGAAAACAAGUACCCCGAGGUCGAUGAGGUGGUGAUGGUGAAUGUCCAGGAAAUCGCCGAAAUGGGCGCCUACGUCAAGUUGCUUGAAUACGACAAUAUCGAAGGUAUGGUUUUGUUGAGUGAGUUGUCGAGAAGACGGAUCCGGUCGAUCCAGAAGUUGAUCCGUGUGGGCAAAAACGAGGUUGCCGUUGUCUUGAGAGUCGACAAGGAAAAGGGCUACAUCGACUUGUCCAAGAGAAGAGUCUCUGCAGAAGAUAUUGUCAAGUGUGACGAAAGAUACAACAAGUCCAAGGCCGUCCACUCCAUCUUGAGACACUGUGCCGAGAAGUUCAACAUUUCUUUGGAAAAAUUGUACCAGACCGUCGGCUGGCCGUUGCUGAGAAAGUACGGCCAUGUCUAUGACGCUUUCAAAUUGCUGAUUACAGACCCAUCGGUUUUCGAUGACAUCGAGGCUCCAUCGCCCGAGAUUUUAGAAGAGUUGAAAUUGUACAUUGGCCGCAGAUUGACGCCCCAAGCCAUCAAAAUCAGAGCUGAUGUCGAGGUGUCCUGCUUCUCAUACGAAGGUAUCGAUGCCAUCAAGGCGGCGUUGAAAGCUGCCGAAGCUGAAUCCACAGAGCAAAUGCAAGUCAAGGCCAAAUUGGUUGCUGCUCCAUUGUAUGUGAUUUCUACACAAGCCUUGGACAAGAACCAAGGUGUCGAGUUGUUGGAAAAAGCCAUCGAAAAAGUGGUGGCUUCUAUCGAAGCACUGGGCGGAAACUGCAAAGUCACUAUGGCUCCUAAAGCCGUCACCGCAACCGAAGAUGCAGAGUUGCAGGCGCUUUUGGAAAGAAAAGAGGCCGAGGACAAGGAAUCUUCUGACGAGGAAGAGGACUAA